AUGUCUCAGGGAGAGAAGAGAAAAUUCCUAAGUCGCCUGAUUGAAGAAAACUUUUCCCAAAGCCGUCAGAGUUUCUCUUACAAAGGAAUCUCCCUCUGCACUCUAUGUUGCCUCACCCUGUUUAAUGUCACUGAAAAGGAGUGGAAUAAGCUUCAAAAGAAGAAGCCAGGACUUCUCCUCCGGCGCCAAAGGCGAAAGCCAAAAGAAGAAAUUGCUGAAGCAUGGUUGAGGAACUUCCUGGAUCAUGCUGGACAACACUCACCAUGCCCUACAAAUAAGAUAUACGUGCAGGGAUACACCGCACGAAUGAUUCAUCGUGAAAUGGUUCAACAAUUGACAUCGAAGGGCUGGGAUCCAAAGAAAAUUCUUCAGUACACAUCUUUCACGCUGCUUUUGAAGAAGCUUCGCAUUUCUCUCGGGAAGCCAAACGCCUUUCUCGGCUGCAAUGCAUGCAGCGAGUUGAAGAAUAGCAGAAACUCUGCCAAAGACGCGAAAGACAAGAAAUUGGCGGUGGAUCUCCUCACCGAACACCUCAGGAUAGCCAACUACCAGGAAGACCAUCCUCAUAACCCGGGAGACGAGAUUUGCCGAUUUUAUGGCCUGUUACAUCUUCGUCGCCGGGAGAGGCGGGAGGCAGCAAGUGAUUUCGCGACAGGCUCGGCGAGAGUCCUGUUCACAACACAGGUCGCACCAGCCUCUCUA